AUGGGAGUCGGAGGCGGGGAUGGAGAGGGGUCGCAGUUGUCGGAGAUGGUGACGAGUGUGGCUGGUUCGUGGGGAAUAAUGGUGGCAGUGGUUGGUCGUGGCAGUCGGAAGGGCAAGACAGUGGUAGAGGAAGUUGCAAGGAGAGAGGGGCUGGGGAGGGGGCACCGUCGCACCGACAAUGCCUGCAGGAGUUGUUGGCAGCGGCUGUGGCUGCCGGAGGUGGAGAAUGAGGGAAUGGUAUUUGAUUCUGAACAAUGUGCGUAUGAUUUUUAUAAUACAUAUGGAGGAAGAAUGUGGUUUAGCAUAAGAAGAGAUUAUUGUAGGAAGGACAAGUUCACUAAUCAACUUAUUCAUAGACUUUUGGUUUGCAACAAGGAGGGAUUUCGAAAGGUUGACAAGCGAGGCCCAUUGUCAAAAAACUCUAGAGCUGAAACUAGGACUGGGUGUGAGGCUCGACUUUAUAUUAAAUUACAUGAGGGUACUGGAAAAUAUGUUGUGAUUGAUUUCAAAGAAAAACACAACCAUGAUCUUGUAUCACCCGAGUGUGCCCACAUGUUGCUAUCACAAAGAAAGAUAUCCACUAUCCAAGUAAUUCAAUUAGAUUUAGCGGCACAAUCUGGUCUUCGUUUAGGCCAGUCUUUUAAACUCAUGGGUAGGGAAGCUGGUGGAAGGCAAUGCCUUGGUUUUACGAAGUUAGAUUCUAAAAAUUAUUUGAGAACCAAAAGACAACAAAGUUUAGCAUAUGGGGAAGUAGGCAGUGUGUUGCAAUACUUUAAAGAAAAAUCUUUGCAGAAUCCUUCAUUCUUCUAUGUUGUUCAAUUAGAUAAUGAGGAGCAAAUAACCAAUAUGUUUUGGGCUGAUGCACAAAUGAUCAUGGAUUAUGCCCAAUUUGGUGAUGUUGUCACAUUUGAUACGACUUACAAGUUAAACAAAGAACAUAGACCCUUUGCAUCUUUUGUGGGAUUCAACCAUCAUAGGGAAACAGUUAUAUUUGGUACAGCAUUAUUGUAUAAUGAGACCGCCGAAUCGUUUGUAUGGUUGUUUGAAAACUUUCUAGAGGCUAUGUCAAGGAAGGCACCAAAAACUUUGUUCACCGAUCAAGAUGCUGCAAUGGCUAAAGCCAUACCCAUCGUUAUGCCUGACACAAGUCACCGAUUGUGUACUUGGCAUUUGAUGCAAAAUGCAUUAAAACAUGUUAACUGUUUGUUCCAAGAUAAUGGGGUGAAGGGUGUACUAAAUAAAUUCUUCUUUCACAUUGAAGAUGCAAAUCAAUGGAAGUUAGAGUGGGCGGAAAUGCUUGAUAAAUAUGAUACGCAUGAAAAUCAUUGGUUGAAAUUGACUUUUGCGGAUUACAUUCGUUCUGAUUUCAACUUGAAUGAAUUCUUCAUGCAUUUCGAAAGGGUACUUUACGAGAAGCGAUACAAGGAGUUAGAAGCAGGCUAUGCUUUUGUGGCAAAGGUUGCCAAUGGUCAAAGCAACAAUAAGAAUGUUAAUUCAAAUGGGUAA